UUCCUCCGCGGUAUCGCUCCGGACAGAUCGGCGCGAUGCCGCAACGCGCCUCGAGCGCAGUCAGUAACGGUCCAGCGGCCGAUUUGGAGGGUUGUUUCUCUUCUCGAUCCUUCUUGAGAAAGGAAAACCUCGAGUGAACGGAGGAAGCGGUUUGCGAGGAAACGCCAACGCGAGAAAUCGCAAUGCGGACGAAGCUGCAGCUAUUGUUGAUCGCGUUGCUCCUGGCGGUCCUGAUAGUGGAUGUAUCCGCCCUACAGUCUCAGCAUAGACGGAAAUAUCGACGUCGCACGACCACAACGGAGGUGCCCGUUCAAGAUGAGAUCAUGAACAUGCUGGAGGCUGAUGAAAUAGCCGAGGAGGCGGAGGACGCUGAGGUCAUUCUCGAAAAUGGCAGAAACGAGGCUGGAUCGAAGCAGCAACUCCAGACAGACCCGUGCCUGGACAAACACUGCGGCGCUGGUCGCAUUUGCCAGAUUACGGAAGAGGGUACGGCCGAGUGCGUUUGCGUGGAGCUCUGUAACCAGGAGGUCGAUCCGCGUCGUAAGGUCUGCACUAAUUAUAAUGAGACCUUCGGCAGCGACUGCGAGGUGUAUCAAGCGCGUUGCUUUUGCAACACCGGUGACGCCAGGUGUAAAGGCCCCGACUAUCAACAUGUCCACAUCGAGUACUAUGGCGAGUGCCGACAGAUGCCCAUGUGUAAGGAGGAGGACAUGGCAGACUUUCCCAGGCGAAUGCGCGACUGGUUGUUCAACAUAAUGCGCGAUUUGGCAGAUCGUCAAGAAUUACCGUCACAUUACCUGAAGAUGCAACGCGAGGCCGAAACCAAUCACACAUUACGUUGGACAAACGCGGCUAUUUGGAAGUGGUGCGACUUGGACGGGCAUCCACACGACCGGGCGGUGUCGAGGCACGAGCUCUUCCCGAUCAGGGCGCCUUUAAUGGCCCUCGAACACUGCAUCGCGCCCUUCCUCGAUUCUUGUGACGUCGACAACGAUCAUAAGAUCACGCUGAUCGAAUGGGGCAAGUGUCUACAGCUCGAUGAGGACGACAUAGAUGACAAGUGCGAUGAAUUGGCGGAAGCGACUCACGAGGAUUAGAGACUCAUCGAAUCCUUCUCCUCGGAGGAGGACGGAAGAUGGGCGCGAGCGACAGAGACACGGGAUAGAGUAGAUCGGGGAUAUGCGAACACAAUAGCAGGACAGACAAACGGUCAAGGAAGGCGCGAAGGGCGCGAGUAACGCGCAGGGAAGGGCAGGGCAGGGCAGCGGACGGUGGGGCAGGAGAAGGGAGAGGGGAGGGCGAAUAAAAAUGGCGGGAAAAAUCAUCGCGAACGCGCAUGCGUGGUCGCGGCAGCACGCAGGCCCCGCACGCAUCGACGAGUCGAUACUAUGCGACGAGGCCGUAUCGUUGCGAUGCCGAUACGCCUUGCCGUGCCAUGCCAUGUCGUCUCCUCGUUAAGUGCCAAGCAAUCGGGCUACUCCAACUCGGCUCCUCAAUAAUACAGGCCUUAUCGUCGAUGCGGCGUGAUUUGCAAUUAUGACCGAUUACGCGGAUGGAAGAAUUCAAAUUCCAAUAUGCAAUCGAACGUCUCGAUACUUACGGUCGCAUCAAUUAAUUUGAAUUCAAGUCAAAUGAAGGACACGCGAUUCAAGGCGUAUAAAUGAAACUUGCGAAUAGAUAUUUGCUCUUUCGAGACAGGGAAAUUUGAGUCAGAAACGAUGCAGAGAAUUUAAUUCGGAAAAUUUUUCGGAUAAAGGGAAGGGAUACGUCUCGAUUAUAAAUAAAACUAAUAAAUUGUAUUAAACAGAAGUUCGUCAUUUGUCAAUUAAGGGAAGAGAAAUUUAUCCAGGAAUAUCCAUGCGACUAUAAAGCUAAAAAUAAAUGUAAGUGGAGUUGAACUUUAUCGACAAACUCGUCGAUGCGAGAUAUUCGAAUAAUGCGGAUCUUUUACACAUUUAUUCGCCAUUUUAUGAUCGUCCCGCCAUAUGUCGUUAACCGUCCGUUUCGCCGUCCAAUGACGAUACAGAAUUGAUCGUAGAAAUUAAAGAUUCCCCUUCCGAGCAUAUCUCUCAAGAAAAAAGUGUUCCGAAAUAUAUUAUAUAAGAUACGUUAGGUUCAAUAUAAAAAUUCGUGCUCGCGCCCCCUGUAGUAUAAUUUGUUACCCUGUAGCAACAUAUUUUCUAUAUGCGAUUUU